GUGGGACUGCGCAUGCCUAGAGGGUGCGACCUGUAGGCGGUGCGCUGUGGAGGCGGGGGCUCGGGGACUCCAGGCUUUCGCGGCUGAGCGGUCUGUCUGCUAGGAUGGCCGGGAGGGGGAAGCUCAUUGCGGUGAUCGGAGAUGAGGACACGGUGACGGGCUUCCUGCUGGGCGGCAUCGGGGAGCUGAACAAGAACCGCCACCCUAAUUUCCUGGUGGUGGAGAAGGAUACCACCGUCAAUGAGAUCGAAGACACGUUCCGCUCCCUGCAAGGUCGAGGACAUGAUGCCCCCUUAGGGGCGAGAAAACGGAAGCUCAGAGAUGACAGGGCACCUGCGAAAGCCACGUACAUGAUGGGGGAGAGACAGGGUAGACCUGUGAGCCCCGCCCAAACCUGUCUGCCUCCUGAGCCGGGUCCACAGUCAGCCUGUGCUGUCCCCCCGGCCUGCCUGGGGACUUCCCGUUGCCCUGAGCGCAGCGGGCAGCAUGUCAAGUCCCGGGACCCCCCUCUGCAGGUAUGUCCCCAACUUCAGGCCGUGUCCCGGGGACCAGAGCUGAGGAGGCCCCUGUGCUUCCCUUCACCCCUUCCCUGGGCCCCUGUCUUGGUUCCCAGGUCCCAGGAGCAAAGCACGCCCACCUGUUUUGCCCUAAACAGCCCAGUCCUGAGCUGCCAGUUGGGACUGGUUCCUGUUGCCUGGGAGUGACCCAAGUUGUCCUGGGAGGACACAUUUUGCCUCAGGAACUUGCCAUUUUUUUUUUUUUUUUCAACCAAAAGGGACCUCAGAGAUCAAGUCUAACUUACCCUAGGGCAGUGAUGGCGAACCGUUUGAGCUCGGCGCUGGUGCCAUGUCACAUAUAGACAUUUUUUGAUAUUUGCAACCAUAGUAAAACAAAGGCUUAUAUUUUUGAUAUUUAUUUUAUAUAUUUAAAUGCCAUUUAACAAAGAAAAAUCAACCAAAAAAAUGAGUUCGCGUGUCACCUCUGACACGUGUGUCAUAGGUUUCCCAUCACUGCCCUAGGGUCUGGCGCAGAGUAGGUGCUUAGUCGGUAGUUUUAAAAUUUUCUUUAUUUUAUAUAUAGAUAUAGAUAUCCGAGAGGGAGAGGGAGAGAGACAUAGAAACAUCAAUGAUGAGAGAGAAUCAUCGAUCAAC